GCCACAGUUGGUUUCUGGACACGACUCGCGACUACACGCUCCCCAAGUUUGGAUUGACUGAAGCUCCCGUAAACCAAGUGAACGAAGAUGGUUUGGGACGGAGGAUUUGAGCCUAAUGGCACAGAAGGCAAAAACUUCUACAUCCCCAUGUCCAACAGGACCGGGAUUGUUAGAAGUCCAUUUGAAUACCAACAAUACUACUUGGUGGAUCCCAUCAUGUACAAGCUUAUGGCAUGUUACAUGUUCUUCCUGAUCUGCACUGGAACCCCCAUCAACGGUCUGACACUGUUGGUGACGGCUCAGAACAAGAAGCUCCGGCAACCUCUCAACUACAUCCUGGUCAACUUGGCUGUGGCUGGUCUCAUCAUGUGCAUUUUCGGCUUCACCAUUGCCCUCAUGUCUUCUGUCAAUGGCUACUUCAUAUUGGGAGCCACCUCCUGUGCCGUUGAGGGAUUCAUGGCCACACUGGGAGGUCAAGUUGCUCUGUGGUCUCUGGUGGUGCUGGCCGUCGAGAGAUACAUCGUCGUCUGUAAACCUAUGGGAAACUUCAAGUUCAGUAGUACACACGCCGGAGCUGGAGUCGUUUUCACAUGGAUCAUGGCUUUAGCCUGUGCCGCACCCCCGCUGUUUGGUUGGUCCAGGUACCUGCCCGAGGGCAUGCAGUGCUCCUGCGGACCCGACUACUACACUCUGGCUCCAGGCUUUAACAACGAAUCAUACGUCAUAUACCUGUUUGUCGUCCACUUCUUCACUCCCGUCUUCCUGAUAUUCUUCACCUAUGGCAGCCUUGUGCUGACAGUCAAAGCUGCUGCAGCCCAGCAGCAGGACUCAGCCUCCACUCAGAAAGCUGAGAAGGAAGUCACACGUAUGUGCGUGCUGAUGGUCUUUGGCUUCCUGGUAGCCUGGGUGCCAUACGCUACCUUUGCUGGAUGGAUCUUCAUGAACAAAGGAGCUUACUUUUCUGCUUUGACCGCUUCUGUCCCCGCCUUCUUUUCAAAGAGUUCUGCCCUGUAUAACCCUGUCAUCUAUGUGCUGUUUAAUAAACAGUUCCGUAACUGCAUGCUGAGCACCAUCGGAAUGGGCGGCUUGGUGGAGGACGAGAGCUCAGUUUCCACCAGCAAGACAGAAGUGUCCUCAGUGACUUAAAUAUGACGACACCUCAAAGUCGUCGUAUAAAGUAUUUAUUUAUUUAUUUAUUUAUUUUUUGUCAUAAAAGGUGAACCAGGAAAAAGUGGCUAGAAAGUGAUUUUCGUUCCCACGUCUGGGCACUACUCUUUUUUUGCAUUUUUGCAUAGACAACGCCAUUGUGGACAUUAGAUUAAAAUUUCUCUGCAAAAUA